AUGGCCGCCGCAGAUCCAGCAGGCUCUCUAGCUUUCCCUUUUGAUUCCAAGAUGUCUGACGAUGAGGGGAAUCAAUCCAAGUUUAUGCGCAAAGCCAAGGAGAACCCGUUUGUUCCUGUGGGCAUCACUGGGUUGAUUGGCAUCGUGGCGUACCAGCUGAUGAGGAUGAAACAUCGCGGGAACACAAAGAUGUCGGUUCACCUCAUCCACAUGCGAGUGGGCGCUCAGGGCUUCGUGGUCGGCGCUAUCACCAUGGGUGUAAUAUACUCAAUGUACCGAGACUACAUUGCAAGUCCCAGUGAAGACAAGAAGAACAAAGCGUUGCUAGGAUACAGCAGAGACGCGGUGUUGCCUCCCGUGGAUCUGCUGCAGCCCAUGGAUGACCACAGUGCCCUCAGUGAACUGCAGCGGCAGUUUGAGAUCCUACGGAGUCAACAAGAGAAAAGACAACUGGACCUGAAGAAGGAUCCUCUGCGGCCGACUAAAGACUUGGACCUGUCUAAACAAAGUCUUCCCAAUGACUCUGCAGAGGCGAGAUUAAAGAACGAAAAUGAGAUACUGCUGGACCAGCUCCGGGCGCUCAAAGACGAGAACGGAAAACUGCUAAAGCUGGUGAGCGAGAAAGACUUUGAAAUGAAACACAUCCAGAAGAAACGAGAGGAGGAGCGGCUGGCUUUCACCGGCAAGGCGGGGCUGGCCGGGGACGUAGCUGCGACCAAGAUCGUGGAGCUGUCCAAGAAAAACAGGGAGCUGACGGCUGAAAUGGAGCGCGAGAGGAUCAAGUCCAAACAGAAGAGUAAUGCCAUCAGAGAGCUGGAGAAAGAGUUGCAAAGUGCGUUGAUAAACCCUGGGAGUGUGAAGUCUCAGUCUGUCAAGGAUUCAGAGGAGCUGGAAAAUCCACUGGUGAAAUCUCUUCAGGACAAACUGGCCGCUGCUCACCUCAAAGUCUCUGAAUAUCGCAACCAGGUCCAGUCCGUCAGGCAGGAGCUGAGGAUGGCCCAGAAGGUUGUGUGCAGCGAACUGGGAGAGGAGGUCAACCUGCAGCAGUUACUCAGCAGUCCUGGGGGCUUCAGGGGCCGGGCGCAGCAGAUCCUGGCUCUACAGACCAGGGUCCGUGAUCUGGAGCAGCAGCUGAACCAGUCCACACAGCGCAGAAACCCCAGCCUCCAGAGUCUGGACGAGCCCGACUCGUUGAAAAAGACGCCCCCACAAGACCGAAACCUGAACUACAUCCGCUCCAUUGAGAAAGAGAAACGCGAGAUGUUUGAGAGAAUCUCAGCCGACUACGAGGCUCUCAUGAAGGACCAUGAGGAGGUGAAGAAAAAAAUGGAGGCCUCGAAAGCUCGCAACAAGUCUUUGUCUUCUGAGCUGAAAAGCCUCAAAAGUCAGAUUUCCACUCUGCUGGACAAGGGGAAGCACGACGAUGAACUAGUGGAUGCUCUCCUGAAGCAGCAGGCUCAGAUGCAGGACGUACUGAAGCGCCUGAGUCUCCAGCAGCAGAGGGGUCAGGACACGGAGUCGGCCUCCUUGUCUCCCCCCCAGGCCUCCCCCCUCACAGCCUCACCCCAGUCCCCCUCCCAGGUGCACAAGCUCCGGCAGGUGGUGGCGGAGAAGGACGCGCACAUCCAGCAGCUCCAGAGGCAACUGCAGCAGCUUCAGGAUGAAGUGAUGUCCAGCCAGUCAACUAUCUCCAGUACACAACUUUCUCCAGAAGAGGGCGACUUCUACAAGCAAACAGCCUCUUCCAUAUCUGUGUCUAAAUUUGGUCAUAAACUGGUUUUGCCCGCGGUGGGGAGCAGUAUGGAGUUCAAGGAGGCGGAGAUGAAGUGGAGGUCUGCGAAGGAGGCCGGACAGAGGCUCAGCGGGGCAGAGGAGGCGACAAAAUUACACCCAGAGAAAAAAACGCAGUACUUCUUCCAGGACCUGUGGGGGAUUGGUGUAAACGCGCCACAAGACAAAAAUAUCAAGCGUUUUUUGCAGGAGAUGAAGAAGCCCCUGUGUGUGGAGCUACAAAAACCAACUUGUUUUCUACGUAGCUCCAAAAGGGACGUCUACUCUACAGUCUACAGUCUGCUCUACAGUCUGCUCUACAGUCUGCUCUACAGUCUACUCUACAGUCUACUCUACAGUCUGCUCUACAGUCUGCUCUACAGUCUGCUCUACAGUCUACUCAACAGUCUACUCAACAGUUUGCUCUACAGUCUACUCUACAGUCUUCUCUACAGUCUACUCUACAGUCUUCUCUACAGUCUGCUCUACAGUGUGCUCUACAGUCUGCUCUACAGUCUACUCAACAGUCUGCUCUACAGUUUGCUCUACAGUCUACUCUACAUCUGCUCUACAGUCUGCUCUACAGUCUUCUCUACAGUCUACUCUACAGUCCAUUCCACAGUCCAUUCCACAGUCUACUCUACAGUCUACUCUACAGUCUGCUCUACAGUCUUCUCUACAGUCUUCUCUACAGUCUACUCUACAGUCUACUCUACAGUCUACUCUACAGUCUACUCAACAGUCUGCUCUACAGUCUACUCUACAGUUUGCUCUACAGUCUACUCCACAGUCUACUCUACAGUCUUAACUACAGUCUACUCUACAGUUUGCUCUACAGUCUACUCUACAGUCUACUCUACAGUCUUCACUACAGUCUGCUCUACAGUCUGCUCUACAGUCUACGCUACAGUCUGCUCUACAGUCUACUCUACAGUCUUCUCUACAGUCUGCUCUACAGUCUACUCUACAGUCUACUCCACAGUCUACUCUACAGUCUUCACUACAGUCUACUCUACAGUUUGCUCUACAGUCUACUCUACAGUCUACUCUACAGUCUUCACUACAGUCUGCUCUACAGUCUGCUCUACAGUCUACGCUACAGUCUGCUCUACAGUCUACUCUACAGUCUUCUCUACAGUCUACUCUACAGUCUCCUCUACAGUCUUCUCUACAGUCCCUGCAUGUUUCUGGCAUCUCACUCUCAAUCAGCCACAAUAA